UGGAGGCGUGUGCGCACUGGGCCGCCACCGCCGCCGCUUGUAACGCAGUAGCCUAAGUACAUUACAGCGCAGCGGCUGAGUGCCGUCGCCGCCCUCCUCUCCCGGGAUCCAGCUUCUCUGCAGUCUAGCGGGGGCAGGCAGAGCAGGAUGCAAGAAGUGAACAAGAUUGAAAGUGUGAAGCAAGAAUGGCUUUGCAAGCCGAGAACUGAUGACCAAAUUCUGAAUGGUGCAGAGCAAAAAGGUUGUGAUAUUUUUGUCAAUAACCUUUUCGAAGAAGCUCAGAAAGUUGGAGCUGGGUGCACUGGGGAGACAAGCGUUAAACAUCAAGCCGAUACAACUAUUAAGUUAUGGAAAAAUGGAUUUACGGUGAAUGACGGCGAACUUCGAAGCUAUACAGAUGCUGCAAACCAGAGAUUCUUGGAAUCUAUUAAAAAAGGAGAGCUACCUCUUGAGUUGCAGAAAAUAUGUGAUAAAGAAGAGGUGGAUGUGAAAGUGCAUGAUAAGAAAAAUGAAGUGUAUAUGUUGAAGAAGCCAGUAUUUCAUGCUUUCACUGGACAAGGAUACAGGUUAGGAAGUGCCACACCAAGAAUAAUUUCUAAAGCAAAGAAAGGUGUUGAAGAAACUGAAAAAAGAAGACCUACAGUGGUGCUAAAUACUUCAGAACCCAUCACCAGUGUCCAGAUCUGGUUAGCAGAUGGAACAAGGAUAGUACAGAAAUUUAAUGCUACGCACAGAAUAAGCCACAUCAGAGACUUCAUAAUAAAUUACCCAGGAGCCCAUGGAAGAAGUCCGUUCACGCUGACCACAUCGCUUCCAUUUCUAGAGUUACUGGACGAAUCUCUCACGCUGGAGGAAGCCAAUUUAAAAAAUGCUGUUGUUGUUCAGAGACUCAAAAAGAGUACAGAACCUUUCAGGAGCGCAUCCUAGCACCGUUUGUCAGGAUCCCCCAACGGUACUUCAUGAGGAGUGAGCCGCUGCUGCUACUGAAUGGUCUCAGGAGACAAGGGGGGGGAGAAGACCUGCCCCCCCCGAAUAGUUUCCCAGUUGAGUUAGCUUCACUUUGCCGAAAGGCUAGCUAUUACUUGAGCUACAUUUAAGCAAAGCCAAAAAAAUACUAACAACAACUUAAUAGCAAUAUCUGAGAGUGGUGUACACAUAGUGUGUGCUGUCCAUCUUAAGGUAGUCUUAGAUCCAUUUUUCCAUUAAGGGCCUGAAUAGAAUGUAAUAAGUGUUUUGUUUUGUUUUUUUAAAAAAGGCUACAUAGGUUGGCCAGCUGCACUUGUCUAAUAAUUUAUAAUUAAGUGCUGUUAAGUUGCUACCAACUCAUGGUGAC